GUGGCCAGUGAGCGAGAAGGUAUCCAAGGAUGAGCAGCAGUACCACCACCAGCCACUAGUAGACAUGGAGGUGUACCCUGGCAGUCCUCGCAAGUUGACCAAGGAGCCAGGGGAUCUCCAGCUGUCUCUUCCACCAGACCCCGGCACCACAAGAGUCUGCGUGAUCACCAGUGUGGUGGUAGACACUCCCAGUGUGGUCGUGUGCAGCGUGGAUGUGGAGCCGUGUACCGUCCUCAACAAGUCCAUCGUCAGCUCCGAAGUUGCUAGUAAUCCUUUGCCGAUAAAGGCAGAGGAAGAGUGCCCUGCAGAGCGACAGGAAGAGGACAAGAGUGACGUGGAAGAGACUGAGACCGAGACAGACGCAGACGUAAUGGACAGGAUAUGUCACGAUUUAGACUAUCUCUUGGGGGGUGUGAAAAAUUCAAGAGACGAUGCCGCAAUUCCGAACAUUCUGAUACAACAUACCAGUUUAUAGCCCCGGUCUUAACAGUCUGCCAUUGUCUGUGUACAGCUGUAUAUACAUUCUGAUACAACAUACCAGCUUAUAGCCCCGGUCUUAACAGUUUACCAUUGUCUGUGUACAGCUGUAUAUACAUUCUGAUACAACAUACCAGCUUAUAGCCCCGGUCUUAACAGUCUACCAUUGUCUGUGUACAGCUGUAUAUACAUUCUGAUACAACAUACCAGCUUAUAGCCCCGGUCUUAACAGUCUACCAUUGUCUGUGUACAGCUGUAUAUACAUUUUGUACAAUAUUAAUGUCAUCACAAUGUUAUUUGUUACGAGUAUAAUUUCAGCAUAAAGUACACGCUCAAACCCGUUAUAGUGUGUGUUUACAGUUUUAUAUUUUAGUGUUUUCCAUAAAUAAUGUUUCUUUUUGUUUAUUUAAGUUAUACAUACACCGUAUUAUGGGUGACAUAUAAAACCAAAAGAAGUGUAAAUUGAAUGGUCAAGUAAAUAUUUAAAAACAUACUUAAGUACAGUACAUAAAAUUCUAUAACUUAUUGAGACAACUUUUAAAGGUGAAACUAUUGUACAGUUUGAAUACAAAUAAAUCAUUAUUUUAAUGUUUAAUAGUUCUAAACUAUCUCUAUUAUUUAGUUUGAAUGGUAAUUUAAAUAUUUAUAUUCAUACUCAUUUUAUUACAUGCAUUAUUGGAACAUUUUACAACUUAAUACUUUUUCCACGUAUUUACCUUAAAUGUUUCCAAAAUUGU